AUGAAAAACUACUGCGAGUGUCAUCAAGCUGGAGUCGCGUGCACUUCUCGCUGUGCUUGUCAUCAGUGCCGCAAUACAGAGACAUUUGUGUCAGCAAAGAAGAUGCUAGUGUUUGCAGGUGUCGAUACGGAUGAUAGCAGUCUGCAAGCCACUUUGAAUCGCUCAUUACAACGCAAGAUUGAAAAACGGCCUCCUCGUGACAGCACGAAACGCAAGGACAUGAAAGAGAAGUCGCAAACAUUAAUGGACGGAUCGAUACAUAAAGCUACAGCAUUAGAGUUGCUGUCAAGAAGUGCACCGGUAGCACCUUCAAAAUUGAGACGGCGAAAAUGUUCGAUCAUAGAUGACAUUCCUUCAACGACGCUGCAGAAGCGACCAUCGAGCCACUCGAAUCACUUUCACACAACAGGUGAAUGUGUCGUGACACCAGCAUUUGCCAAGAGAAAGUAUACACGACGAAACGUGCAAAAGAAUCAUGUUGUGGAGCGCAUGAAGGCUACAUCCUCGAUUGAAGAACUACCCAAUGUAGAGCGUACUGUAACAAAUGCCUACGAGGCAAGAAACACUGGAGGUAUUGGUGACCCAGCGCUUGCUAUUCUAAGCCGAUCACUACUACACACUGCAAUGACCGUGGAACUUGCUAACGACGGAAGAGAGAGAGCUCCAGCUUCUUCGGCUGUAGAUCAACUACCAGCUGAAGAGCAAGCAGAACGCAUUGAAACAAAACCUCAGUGUGCCUUUGAUGUCAGCAACAAUCGUGAAGCACUAUCACCUACUGCUGCCGGUUUGUUCUGCGAGGAGGAAUACAGUGAAGCUUCAGCCGAAGAUGAUACAUACCUCGAUGUCACACCGUCGGCGUUAAACACAAAUGACACCGGAUGUAGGUCAACGUCGUUUGAUCACGAUUCCAAUUCACAAAGUCGACAGAACGGGCAAAAUGCCAGUCUUAGUGCCAUGCAAGAGCGCGCUGUGCUCCAAGAACUUAGUGUGUGGCUUCGAAACAUGACAGCAAACGUAUCUACGGAGUAA